GUAAUUUCAAACUGAAGUCACAAAUGUCACAUGAAUGGGACAGUGAUUGAAAUGCUUAGAUACAAGAAAGCCUAUAUACCAUUCCAUCUCUAUCCCUUCACCAAAGACUACUUCGUUUUCAUCUCAAAAUGAAGCUCUUAGGCAUCUUUGCAUGCACAAUUACUCCAGUUGAAGCAGCAGGAGGAAUUCAUCAUGGCCGUUCCUUCCAACCAUCCCCACUUUCCCUACGUCCCCCAACAAGUUUCCCAGGACCUCAUCCCAAAAACCCUUCUAUCCCUAGACCAAUAAUCGAUCUCGGCUACGAACGUCAUCAAGCCAUGGUCAAUUCCACCGGUCACUACAACAACUUUAGCAAUAUUCCAUACGCCAUUCCACCUCUCCAAGAUCUUCGUUUUUCAAAGCCUCUUCCUAUAAAUAGUACUUCUUCGCAUAUCAAUCAUGGUUCCAUAGGUCAUAUAUGUCCACAAGCUCAUCCAGAUUGGUGAAAGAUGCCGGUUUACUGGUUGCGUUGUACACUUUGGGGCUUAUCAAUAAUAUAGACCCAAGUCACUUGAAACCAGAUCCAUUUCAAGGGGUUCCUCAUGGCUGGGAGAGCGAGGAUUGUUUGCUGUUGGAUGUAGUUGUGCCAGAGGGAGUGGCCGAGGCGGUGAAGGAAGAUGAUGAUUUUGUUCCUUUGCCGGUAAUUGUUUGGAUCCAUGGAGGAGGCUUCGCAUUCGGACAUAAAAAUCAAGAUGGAAGCCCAUAUAGUUUUUUCAAUGCUUCAAAAUUCACACCAGACAGUGUAGCUAUCCGCGGUAGUGUGAUAUUCGUUUGUUCCCCUCUCCUGUAUAGUUGCUCACAGCUCACUAGAAGGGAUUUUAUUUACAGAUAUCAAAUCUGUGGAAAACGAUGAUACAUUUGCAGCAUUCAUACGGAACAGUUUACCGGGAUUGAAAGAUGAAGAUGUGGAGUAUAUUGUCAAAUAUUUAUAUCCUUUGGAAGAGGAAAAUACAGGAGUUCUACAUAAAUUACUCAGAGGUGCGAAUGCCACCGCGCAAUUGAGCACAAUUUGCAAUGCUGUUUAUUUGCUUGAUGCUUUUGGGGAUGAGGAGAGUUAUAAAUAUGUUUUUGGGGUGGAACCAGGUGUUCAUGGACAGGAUGUUGGGUUUUCGGUUAGUCGAUUCGUUCUUGAUGUUCUAUUUUCUUUCUCAAAGAUUCUAACUAUAUACAUGGUUCUAUCAAAAACCACCCUCCGAUCCAACAGAUAUAUACAACACGGGAAAAUCUCUCCCAUCAACUGAGAUUAUUGCACAAACACUUCAAGCCUAUAUUGUUGGAUUUGUGAAAGAAGGAGAUCCGAAUCGCGGGUUGAUAGGACCGGAGUUUCCAGUUUAUAAAGAUGGGAUUGUGAUUCUUGGAUCGAAGGAAAAUGGAAGUAUGAUUGUACCGGAAGGAGAUGUGAGGGUAGAAGGCGAUACGUGGGUUGAUGAGGGGACGAGAGAAAGAUGUAAGUGGUGGGGUGAAGCGAGAUAUCAGGAUGGAUAUGAGGGAGGUGAUGAAGAUGAUGGGGACGAUGGAAGUGAUGGGGAUGGGGACGAUGGAAGUGAUGGGGAUGGGGACGGGGAUGGAAAUGACGGAAACGAGAAUAACGAUGACCAAGACGAUGAGAACGAGGAUACUCUGUCCAGCCUUAAACUAAACAGUAUACCUCUUGGGAAGACCUCACACUCGUUAAAGAGUUGGAAAAACAAACCUUUUUCAUCUCAACUUCAAACCACCGACUCCACCACACCCACAUUUUCUGAUAUCUUCAAAACGAAAAACAAUGGUAAGAAGGUGGAAUGGCAUUCGGAAUGGAAAGCCGACUGGAUAGGUAGUAGUAGAAAUGCUUUUGUAGACACUGAGGGAAGUGAUAAUAAAGGAAAGGAUAGUGUGUGAACGGAGUGAAUAACUUCAAUUCAAUUACCACUGUAAUAUAGCAACUAUAAUAAAGCCCUAAGCGAAUGCGAAAGAGACUAGCUCUUUCUGUAAGCCUUUAUAAGGCUUACUACUUUCGAUACGUAGCUAGCUCUUUAGACAGAAUACAAUUAGACAUACA